CGUAUUUAGAAUUACAGGAGAAUAAAACUAACCUAAAGUCGCAAAUUCUCGUUCGCUUGCCGUGGGCGCUGCUGCUGCUCCUCCUCAGUCACGCUGCUCCAGUUUCGCUGCUACUGCUUGUCUCUUGCCGCCGUUGCUUUCUCUCGACACUGCUCUUGCCUCGCCGCUGCUGCUCCUCCUCCUCGUUCGCCGCUGCUUACGUCUCCCACGGUCACAACGCAGGCUACAUUAGUGGUUUCUUUUCUUUGUUGAGCUGCUACUAUGGCCGAAGAUGGUGGUAGCAAGGACCAGGAGCAUAAGGCUCAUCGGUCUCGUCAAGCAGGUCCAAAGAAGAAGGCCAAAUCUGAUAAGAAGAAGCUCUCAACCGAGGAAAAGAAGCAAAACCCUAAGGCAUUUGCUUUUACUUCUACUGUGAAAGCUAAGCGGUUGCAGUCACGAGCUGUAGAAAAGGAGCAGCGCAGGCUUCAUGUGCCAACUAUUGAUAGGGCUUAUGGUGAACCACCUCCAUUUGUUGUUCUUGUUCAUGGACCGCCCCAGGUUGGCAAGUCUCUAUUGAUAAAAGGUCUUAUGAAGCAUUAUACGAAGCAAAAUUUACCUGAGGUUCGAGGCCCCAUUACCGUAGUCUCAGGUAAGCAAAGGAGGGUUCAGUUUGUGGAGUGUCCAAAUGACAUCAAUGGCAUGAUUGAUGCUGCUAAAUUUGCAGAUCUAGCUUUGCUGUUGAUAGAUGGAAGCUAUGGCUUUGAAAUGGAGACUUUUGAAUUUCUUAAUAUUUUGCAAGUUCAUGGAUUCCCAAAGGUCAUGGGAGUCCUUACUCACCUUGAUAAAUUCAAGGAUGUGAAGAAACUUAAGAAAACAAAGCAGAGGCUCAAGCAUCGUUUCUGGACAGAAAUAUAUGAUGGGGCAAAAUUGUUCUAUUUAUCUGGUCUUAAUAAUGGGAAGUACUCUACGACCGAGAUUAAAAAUCUUGCUCGCUUUAUUUCUGUUAUGAAGUUUCAUCCAUUAUCUUGGCGAACUUCUCACCCAUAUGUUUUAGUAGAUCGCUUUGAAGAUGUGACUCCUCCUGAAAGAGUGCAUAUGAACAAUAAAUGUGAUAGGAAUGUCACUCUUUAUGGUUAUUUACGGGGUUGUAACUUGAAGAAGGGGACUAAGGUGCAUAUUGCUGGUGUUGGUGAUUACAGUUUGGCUGGUGUAACAGCCUUGGCUGACCCUUGUCCUUUACCAUCAGCUGCCAAAAAGAAGGGAUUGAGAGACAAGGAAAAACUAUUUUAUGCACCCAUGUCUGGGCUUGGGGAUCUGCUGUAUGACAAGGAUGCUGUGUAUAUAAACAUAAAUGACCACUUUGUUCAAUUCUCUAAAGUUGAUGAUGAAAAUGGGGGAACAAAACGCAAAGGAAAGGACCAAGAUGUAGGUGAGGUUUUGGUUAAAUCACUGCAGAACACAAAGUAUUCAAUUGAUGAGAAAUUGGAGAAUAGCUUUAUUACCCUUUUCAGCAGGAAUCCUCCUGUUGCAUCUGAUACUCAGACUUAUGUAAGUGAUAGUAAUGAAGAGCAGAGAGAUGAUACAAAGCCUUUUGAGCUGAAUGAGCUUGAGAAUCAAAUUGAACCUGAUCGGUCUGGAGAAGAAAGUGAUACUGAAUAUUCGGAAGGUUCAGAGUCUUUUGAUGAAGAUGAAUUUACUCAAAGAGAUGCUAUGAUAAAUGGGGAAGAUGGAGAUUCUGAUGGAGGGAAUGUUAAUGCAUCAAACCAUCAAACUAGCCUCAAAGACCGGUUGAAGGAACAAGUGGAGUUUCAUGAUGGGAGAUUGAGAAGAAAAGCUACGUUUGGGGAUGACAUGGAUGAUCAGGAUCUGAUGGCCUCUGAUGAUGGGAGUGAAGAUGAUGAUGAGGAUAAUCAAUAUUCUGAUUCAGAUGUUUCAGAGGAGGAUGGAGUGGAUGAAGGAACAGAUGAAGAUGGCCUGGGCAAUGUAUCAAAGUGGAAAGAGUCAUUGGUUGAGCGGACUACCUUGAGAAAAAAUAUUAAUCUCAUGCAACUUGUGUAUGGGACUUCUGCACCAAAUGCUGCCAUUAUUGAAAAGCAGGACAGUAUUGAUGAUGAGGAAAGUGAUGGAGACGACUUUUUUAAGCUGAAAGGCGAAGGGAAUAAGAAAUUGAAAGAGGGAUCGGAUGGUAUAAACAUCAACACUGAGGAUUGCUCCAAAUUUACAAAGUAUGCUGGUCGUAAAAACUGGAAGGAGGAAGAGAUUUAUGAAAGUAUUCGUGAUCGUUUUGUCACGGGUGACUGGUCAAAAGCUGCCCAAAGAAAUCAAUCCUCUGUGACAAACACUGAAGAAGAAGAUGAUAUCUAUGGUGACUUUGAAGAUUUGGAAACGGGUGAGAGAUAUGAAUCUGGCAGUCAGCCUGUUGAGAAUGAAGAGGAUCAUGCAGCAGAGGAACGGCGACUGAAAAAGCUGGCACUUCGUGCCAAAUUUGAUGCUCAGUAUGAUGGAUCUGAACCACCUGAGGAGGUUGAUGAGAAACAAGGAGCCAAGUUUCAUCGGGACCAAGUCAAUGAAAGUGGAUUUUUUGACAAGUUGAAGGAGGAGAUUGAACUCCGUAAACAAAGGAAUAUUGCUGAACUCAAUGACCUUGAUGAGGAAACUAGAUUAGACAUUGAGGGCUUCCAAACAGGGACCUAUCUAAGAUUAGAGGUUCAUGAUGUUCCUUUUGAGAUGGUUGAACAUUUUGAUCCAUGCCACCCAAUUCUGGUUGGAGGAAUUGGUUUUGCCGAAGAGAAUGUUGGAUAUAUGCAGGCAAGGUUAAAACGGCACAGAUGGCAUAGGAAGGUUUUGAAGACCAGAGAUCCUAUAAUUGUGUCUAUUGGUUGGAGGCGUUACCAAACUACACCUGUCUAUGCAAUUGAAGAUCGCAAUGGAAGGCAUCGCAUGCUCAAGUACACUCCAGAACACAUGCAUUGUCUUGCGAUGUUCUGGGGUCCUCUUGCCCCUCCCAACACAGGGGUAGUUGCUGUCCAGAAUUUAUCUAACGAUCAGGCAGCCUUUCGGAUAACUGCGACUGCAGUUGUACUUGAGUUCAAUCAUGCAGCAAAGAUAAUGAAGAAAGUCAAACUGGUUGGUUAUCCAUGUAAAAUAUUCAAGAAGACUGCAUUGAUCACAAAUAUGUUUACUUCAGAUCUUGAAGUAGCUCGGUUUGAAGGUGCUUCUGUUCGAACUGUCAGUGGAAUCCGGGGGCAGGUGAAAAAGGCUGCAAAAGAUGAGAUAGGUAACCAACCCAAAAAGAAGGGAGGGGCACCAAGAGAAGGAAUUGCCCGGUGCACGUUUGAGGACAGGAUUUUGAUGAGUGACAUUGUUUUUCUGCGUGCAUGGACUCAAGUUGAAGUACCUCAGUUCUAUAACCCAUUGACCACUUCAUUGCAACCUCGUGAUAAGACCUGGCAAGGAAUGAAAACAGUGGCUGAAUUAAGGAGAGAACACAAUCUUCCUGUUCCUAUUAACAAGGAUUCGCUGUACAAGCCUAUUGAAAGAAAGCCAAGGAAGUUCAACCCAUUAGUGCCACCCAAAUCAUUACAGGCAGCACUUCCAUUUGAAUCCAAACUAAAAGAUAUACCAAGUCGAAAACGGCCACGUCUUGAAAAUAGAAGAGCUGUUGUCAUGGAUGCUCGACAGAAAAGACUUCAUACUCUUGUUCAGCAAUUUCAUAUGAUUGGACAGGAGAAGAUGAAGAAGCGAAAGCUCAAGGAAGAGCAGAAGAGAAAAGAAUACGAAGCAGAGAAAGCCAAGGACGAGCAAUUGUCAAGAAAGCGCCAGAGAGAAGAACGACGGGAGAGAUAUCGUAUACAGGACAAAAAGAAUAAAAAAAUACGUAGAAAUUCAGAGGCCUAGUGGUAGCCGAUUAGAAUGGUUCUAUGAAUCGGCCAUUCAUUGGUACGGAGUUGCACACUUGAGAUCUCAAAAGGACUGAUUUUUAGUUCACUGCAUUAGGCAGUAUGACCAUUUUGUAUUGUAGGGUAAGAUCUGCCUUCCAAUAGGCCAAAGCUUCCAUGAGGAUCCACAUCACCUGUAUUUAGCUCAUCAUCCAACAUUUUUGAGCUGCUAUCCAUUUCUUGCCAGUAUUGAGACCUCGUUUAGACCGACUAUACAAAGAAAGAGUUGGUACAUAUUUAAUCAAAGUUUUGGAAGACUUAUAGUCUAAGCUGCUGCUGAAAGAGGCAAUUAAUUUUAUUUUAGUUGAAAUAUUUCCAGUUAAAGACAUACAAAUACUUUACGUGGAACAAUCUUCCUCUUCCAUGAACACUUCUACACUUUCAGUUGUUACUAAUAUUGCCAUUAUAUUUUUUAUUAGAACAAUUGUAGUAAUGAGUAAUAAUAAUUCAAAAAAUGGUUGUUAA